AAAGAUAAAGCCUGCAGGAUACAGUACUGCUUGCAAGCUAACCACUACCAGGAGAGCAAGUGUGGUGCGGAGAUCGAUAGUCUACGAGCUUGCUGUAAGAAACUCAGUCCUCAAGUCCUUCAACACUCAGCCUACUGCUCAGGGAUAAGUGGUAAACAUGGCAACUCCACAGACGGAACCGUCGCCAGGUCAAGAGACCAGUAGCCCUCAACUCACGCUGAAGAGUUACAUUACAUCUGAUAUGGUUGCCACGACAUUGUUCAACUUGAGGCUCAUCACUAUUGUGUGCGCCUUCAUAUACCUACUCUCAACUUUUGGGUUGAUUGGUGUAGGCUUUGCUUACAGCUGCUAUCUCAAUGCCUUUCUGACAGCAUUCCUCACAUUUAGCGUACGACUUUAUCAAAGAAAGAAUCAGCAGGGGAUUUCCUUCUUUAGCAAGCAGAUGUACCUACUGGCUGGUAGCGAGGACAGUGGUCACUACAUGAUCUACACCUUGUUCUACUACAACCAAGCACCUAUGUCCAUCUACCUCAUACCUCCCUUCCUCUACGCUAUCAUGUUCACAGUCACCUACACCAACGGCCUAAUCCCAUUUCUGCCAGCCUCUCUACAAAGAGUUUUGAGUCGGUUGAAUGACCUGAUUGCUCAGAAGCAGCAGGACCUGAGGCGGUACAUAGCGUAUGCUGAGGUCUUCAUGGUGUUUGUGGUGAUCUCCAACGUGCUGAGUGGACAGAUGUUCUUCUUAGCUCCGUUGUUUCACUACAACUUCCUCAAGUGGCGCUACCAGUCUCUUAGGAACCCGUCAGUCAGGGUGGCGUUUUCGGACCUCCGAGUGGCAAUGGAGUACUUGGCUGCACACCCAAAAUGUCCUCAAUUCGUGUCAACUAUUCUACGAAAAAUUGUUUCUUUUAUUAGUGCAUUAGCUCCUUCACAGCACAUGAGGAGAGAGGCUUGAUGCAAAAGAGAACUUUAGGAAUUUAUGUACUGCUACAUGCUGUAUAAUUUAUUGGCAUUGGAUUGCUGUUUAUUUGUGAAAUACUCUUUGCCCAAUUAAUGUGUUAUUCUGAG